AAAAAGAAGAAAAGUUACCACGUGGUGUAACGACCGGUCAAAUAUGUGCUGGGGACCCUCAAGGUAUUAUGGAUACCUGUCAGGGUGAUUCGGGUGGUCCAUUACUGAUGAAAUUGCCAAAUUAUAACAACAUCGUGCCAUAUAUAGUUGGUUUAACAUCUUUUGGUUCAGGCUGUGCAGCUGGUACACCAGGUGUAUAUACUAGAAUUUCAACUUAUAUUGACUGGAUCGAGGAUAUUGUGUGGAAAUAAUUUUAGAACUUAUUUAUUCGUUAAAACAAUCAAAUUUUAAAAAAAGAAGAUAAACUUUGUCUUAACUAAAUAGUUCAAUGAUUCAAAAAAAUAUAUAUG